UUUAUAUAUUGUUCUGUGUGUUUCACACUCUUUGAUUUUAUAGUGUAUCCCUUUCAUUGCUGUAUCCCUUAAAGCCAGACUGCCAGAGGGUUACAGUGAAUGCAUGUGUGUCACUGGGGUGGCGUUUGCACUGAUGGCUUGGGCCCGUCAUCACUGCUUGCAGCCAUAUUUCUGUUUGUCAUCUUUUGAGGAGACAACCCACAUAAAGAGAGCUUUUGAGUACUCAUGAGGAUUAAACACAAGUCUUCACUCUUUUCUUUAGGUCUGCAAAUACUAUCUGUGUGGCUUUUGCCCUGCUGAACUCUUCACAAACACACGAUCAGACUUGGGUCCUUGUGAAAAAAUCCAUGAUGAAAACUUGAGGAAAAUGUAUGAGAAGAGCUCCCGCUUUAUGAAGGAUGGAUAUGAGCGAGACUUCCUGCGAUACCUGCAGAGCCUCCUGGCCGAGGUGGAGCGCAGGAUUCGGAGGGGCCAUGCACGUUUAGCUCUGUCACAAGCCCAGCAGAACUCUGGAGCACCGGGUCCAUCUGGGAAGAACGAGGAGAAAGCUCAGGUCCUCACCACGAAGAUUGAGGAGCUUGUUGUUCAGAUUGAGGAGUUGGGCUCGGAGGGCCGUGUUGAGGAGGCGCAGGGCAUGAUGAAGCUGGUGGAGCAGCUGAAGGAGGAGAGGGAGCAGCUCAGUUCCAAUCCUUCAACGAUUGAGAGCUUUGCAGCUCAGGAGAAGCAGAUGGAGGUGUGUGAAGUGUGUGGCGCCUUCCUCAUAGUGGGUGACGCUCAGUCCAGAGUGGAUGAUCAUCUAAUGGGAAAGCAGCAUAUGGGAUAUGCCAAGAUCAAAGCCACGGUCGAGGAACUGAAGGAGAAGCUGCGUCGACGCUCUGGGGAGCCAGAGAGGGAUGACCCAGGGAAGAAAGAGAGGGAGGACCGCGAGCGUGAACGGGAGGAACGAGAGAAAAGACGCAAAGAGGAAGAGAAGGAGAAGGAGAAAGAGCGAGAAAAGGAGAGGGAGAGAGAGCGCGAGAAGGAGAGGGAACGUGAGCGGGAGAAGGAGAGGGAACGGGAAAGAGACAGGCGCAGGAGGAGUCACUCCAACAGUAGACACUCCAGCCGCGCGUCAGAACGUCGCCGGAGCCGCUCAAGAGACAGGAAGAGGUCCAGGAGUAAGGAACGUGACAGGAAGCGCAGCAGGAGCCGUGACCGAGAGAGGAGGCGCAGCCGGGAACGCUCGGACAGGAAGCGACGUUCUCGCAGCAGGGAGAGAAGGAGGUCCCGCAGCUCUGAGCGCAAGAGCCACCGGCACCGCAGCCGCAGCAGAGACAGAGACAGAGAAAAGGACAGAGGAGACCGAGACAAGGACAAAUCCUCUAGAGACAAAGAGCACAAGGAUUCUUCAGAUGAGAAAAGGAGCAGCAGAAAGGGCUCGGUUGAGAAGUCUCAUGAGCUCUCCAAGCCCGAGCCUCCCAAAGCGGAAGUGAACGGCACCGCGCAAGAGCUACAUUCUGAAGGUGACACACAGUCCAAUUAAAACUGAUCUGAUAGGACCUCAGAUCAGCCCCAGUGCAUCGUAAGUAUGCACUGAAGAUGGGGACUAGGCUGAUGAAACGGAAGAAAGUAGAAAGAAACAAACCCAGAGGGAAAGGCCAGUGUAGCCCUGAAAAACAUGCUUGGAGGUACCUCGUUUUGUAUCGGUCAUACAUCUGUCUCUUUAGACAAGUUCUUCCAAAUUUACGUGUUUAUUUAAUUAUUUAUUUAUUUUUCCUAACUCUGCCUUUACUACCUCAACCUGUCUACUCUAUGCUCGCAGUAAGAUUAAACUAGUUGACUGAACUUUGUUUACACAUCUAUUGCACAUAUAAAAUGAUUGUGUGCUCAUAUGCAUAAGUACAUGCAUAAGCACACAGCAUUUUACCAUCUGAUGUCUAUAAGGUGUUAAUAAGAGGUUCAUUGAACUGCAGUGAAUACAGAUAUAUGCAUUUUCUUUUUUGUUGGAGUUACAUGGAUGUGUUGCACUUUUAAUACCGUCUGUUCUUAAAGUUGAGAUCCGAUAGCUUUGGGAUGAUGGAAGUGUAGGGUUAAUGAAUUAUUGCAGCUGACUUCCGCACCUCACACAGCGUUGGUGUUGUGAGCGACCCCCAUGAAAAGCCCAUUUAAAAAUCAAGGAUACUGUCAAUCUGUGCAGGUACUCACCCAAGGUACUCCUUUCACUACCCACAUCCAUUUGAAUGCUGUUGCCUGUGAACGUGUCUCAGAGCUUGAUGUUUAUUGUACCCUAUCUCUUUUUCCCCAGUUUUAAAUGUUCUCAAUUUGGGUUUCAAGUGCCAAUGGUUUACUCUACACCUAAACGGGUGGAUGUCAGGUUUACAGAUGAUAUCCCACAGUAACCCAUCAAACCAGAUAGAGCACAAAACAGUUCUUUCUCCUUGUUUGUGUCUCUUAUUUUCAUUUUGCCUGUUCGGUAACCAGUAAUAGAUUUGAAUUAGGGCUGGGUGAUAUAGCUAAACAAACGUAUAUCAGCUCAUCUUAUGGAUGACAUUUCAAAUAGGCCUAUUUAUUAACUCUCAAAUGGGCUUAAAUUAGCGGUUUUCUUUUUUUCUUUAAAAAGAGGAGCCAUCAUUUUGCCAUCGUAGCCUAUUUAAAAUGGCUACACAAUUCAAAAUGAAAGUAGCAAAAUAGUGGGAAUUAAAAAAGAAAAAAAACAACAUGCAGUUAAGUUUGCAUGCAGUAAAAGAUGAUGUACAAAUUUACAUGUUUAAUCUUCAGCCCUAAUAUGUACUGAUAUAACAGUACACCGGAAUAAACAUUAAUAUUUAUCUGUUAAUGUCGAAUCGCAGAUCAAUCAGACUUCACGUUCUACUUCAUUUUUUAAAUGCAUUCAAAUCAUUGAAUAUAUUCACAAAGGUGAUUCAUUGUAUAUCGUGGCUGAAUCUAUCAGGGAUAUCUGAGAUAUCGCUCAGCCCUAGCAGUGAAUUAGCUUGUGUUUUAAUGCAGGUGUGUCUUUUGGAAGUAAACUUCUACUUUUACAUUCUCUCUCGUGUCUUGUUUGAAUUCCCUACUUGUGUUGUCCUUAAAAUAGCAGUGCAUGCUUUCAGAGCAAGAUCAGUUCUACAGUGUCCAAGUCUGGCCUUGUAGAAGAGGGAUAUCAAAUCUUUAAAAAUGUCAUUUGUUUUACUUUUGUGCUUUCCUUCAAUCAUUUUUACUUGCAGCCGAGUAGUUACUAUCGCUGCUGCUGCUGUUGUAAAUAUGAACUUUUAAAUCUCUAGAUUUUAAAACUGAUAUUUAUGAAAGUGAUCAAAUGUGUGCCGAUCGGACGUUAACAAUUGUAGUUUGAUCAUUUUUAAAAAGGUGUGUAAAUGAGACUGUUAAUUUGGUGCCGUGUUUUUGGUUUCACACACUAAUGGGGUUUUCUCUGACCAUUUGUGUACAUCAGGAGGAGUGAGAACAUCUGCGAGAGGAAGACCUGAAGACAUCCAUCUGAUAACUCAGCUCCGCUGCUUUAAAACAAGGUGAACCACAGAUGUAGUGGCCUAUAUGAUAAAGAUGUAAAUGUAAAAUCCACAAUGUUUCCACAGGACCUUUCUUGUUCUUUUUAUUAUGUUUGUUUUUUUGGUCUUACUGCUAUAAGCUGGCAUGGUCCACCAUUAUUUCUGUUAGUCUGCAUUCAGAGUGAAUAAAACACUUGUGGCAUGUUUGCUCUGUACAGUCCGCUCUCACACAUUGGAAUUAUUGAAGAUCGGUUUUGUUCAGUAUUUUGACUGGAAGACCUAAAGGUCUCUCAACUGCUUUAUUUCUUAUUUUCCCCUCUGUAUGCUAAAUCCCAAAUCUUUAUACGGUUUUAGAGAAGUGUUUUCAUUUUGUUCCAGUUUUAAAACCUGUAUUUGUCUUGAAUAAAAAUAAAGAAUAAAUGCUG